AUGAAGCUGUCGGGGGGCGGCUCAGGCCACGCGAUGAAGCAAACGUCGAUCCUGAGCUUCCUCGGAAAGGGCGGCGCGGCUGCGCCGGCACCUUCGCCCGCUCUGCAAGCGGCGCCGAAGCAGCCCGAGGCAGGGACAGCCUCUCCGCAGCUAGACCCCGCCGAAGUCUCCUGCAAGAAGCGUCUGCUCGCCGCGCCCGCGUCGGCAGACGUGCAGAGAAAGCGCGAGAAGAAGAGCCCGCUGACCGCGGAAGACGAAAAGACCGAAACGAGCCGAGAAGACGCGACCCGCGCGGCGACAGACGCCGCGGAGCCGGCGGACGCAUGCACCGAGGAGAAGAGCGGCAACGCAGAGGCGCCAGGCAAAGCUGAAAGCGAGGCAAAUGGAGAGGCCCAAACAGAGUCGGCUGCGAAAGCCGCUGCGCCACGAGGCGGCAGGCUGAGGAAACCGGCCGGCGACGACGGCGAGGAGGACAGCAUCAGCGAAGCGGAGAGCGAGCACGAGUCGAUUGAGUCCGACGCCUCAGAGCCGUCUUCACAGGAGGGAGGAAACGUCGCGAAAGUCGCUGCGUCGUCCGCCGAAGGCCGCAGGGCGCUGGAGAUGCUGCAGAAGAAGAAACGUUCACCGAGUGCGGGCGGGAAGGCGCGCGCGGAGACGCUCGUCUCCGACAGCGAAGGCGAGGGCUCGUCGUCGGCUUCUGAGGAGUCGGAUGCAGAGGCGGAGACUCGAAAGCGCUCAAAGCGCCCAGGCGCUUCGGUGCUGGACUUGCUUUGCAAGGAGGGGCGGACGGCGAAGCUGCGGCCUUCGCCGAGUGAGGAGGCUGCGCCGAGCGAGAAGAAGACAGGCACCCGAAAGAAGAAAUCUGACGAGGACGAACAACUCAAAACUGGAACGCUGUUCGCGACGCGCGCCCUCGGCAAAGAGCCCUCCGCCGACCUCGCCUCCCCUCUUUUUGCCCCCUUUCAAGUCCCACUCGAGUCCAUCACCGCGAAACCCGAGGCAAACGCGAAAAAAGCUCAAGACGACACCCCUGCGAUUCUCUUCGAGGUUCUGGUGGGAGCCUUCGAUAAGAUUGAACAGAUGAAGGCGAGCGGGACAGGCAGCAGCAAGAAGCAGACGGUGAUCCUGACCAACGCGUUUCGUCUGUUGCUCUUCUACGCGCCGAAGCUCCUCCACAAGGCGAUCUACAUCUGCCUCAACAAAGUCGCACCGGACUACUUGGGACAGGAGGUCGGCGUCGGCGAGUCGCUCAUUCUCAAGGCGAUGGCGGAGACUUACGGCCGCACCGAGGCACAUCUCAAGAAAGAGCUUCAGCACACGGAGGACCUGGGUCGCAUCGCCGAGCAGAGCUCCUGCAAAACGCGCACGCUCUUUUCGCCGCCGCGUUUGACGAUCGACGGCGUCUUCACGCAGCUCAAGGCGAUCAGUCUGUGCGCCGGGAAGGACAGUCAGCUGCAUAAGAGACACCUCCUCAAGCGGCUUCUGGUCGGCGCGAAGGGCGCCGAGCCCAAGUACAUCAUUCGCUUUCUGCAGCAACGCAUGCGCACAGGCGCGUCCACCGCCACGGUUUACCAGGCGCUGGCGUUCGCGUCUUUCCUGACGCACAACGCGCGAGACGGGCGCGCUGCUGUCGCGGACACGCGCCGCGCGGAGGGAGAGGCUGCGGCGGCGAUGAGUGCCGUCGAGUUGGAGGAGCAUCUGUCGCGGACGGAGCAGAGCGUGCGCCGAGCGCUGUGCGAGGUGCCGAAUGUGGAAGUAGUUGUCUCGCAUCUGCUGGCGGGCGCGACGGCGGACACUUUGGGGUCGCUCUGCGUGGUUACGCCGGGGGUUCCCCUGCAACCCAUGCUCGCGCGGCCGACGCGCGGCUUCGCAGAAGUCGCGGAGCGCCUCAAGGAUACCGCCUUCACCUGCGAGUUCAAGUACGACGGCGAGCGCGUGCAAAUCCACCUGAUGGGCGAGGCAGCGGCGGCGGCGACCGCCCCCCCGGCCGCGGCGCCGGGGCGCGUUUCGCCGGCGCGCGUGCGACUGUUCAGCCGGAACCUCGAGGAGAUCACGCAGAAGUACCCCGACAUCAUCGAGAUGAUUCUCGGCGCGUUCAAGCCGGCGACGCGCGAGUGCAUCUUGGAUGCGGAGGUGGUCGCCUUCGACGUGGAGAAGGGCGCGAUUCUGCCCUUUCAGACGCUCACGCGGCGGAAGCGGAAGGACGUCAGCAAAGACGGCAUCCAGGUUCGCGUCGCGCUCUUUCUCUUCGACUGCAUGCGCCUCAACGGCGAGUGCCUCCUGGGACAGACGCUCGAGGCCCGCCGCGCGAAGCUCCGUGAGGCAGUCGACCUCCACGCGUCGCCUCUGGUGCAGCAGGCGACCUACAAAGACCUCGACAGCAGCCAGGACUUUGAAGACUUCCUCAACGAGGCGAUCGAAGGAAACUGCGAAGGGCUGAUGGUGAAGACUCUGAGAGACAACGCGACCUACGAGCCUUCGAAGCGCUCGCUGAACUGGCUGAAAGUGAAAAAAGACUACGUCGAAGGCAUGACUGACUCCGUCGAUCUCGUCCCCAUCGGUGCCUUCUACGGCAAGGGGAAGCGCAGCGGGACUUUUGGCACGUACCUGCUCGCGGUGUUUAAUCCGAAAGACGAAACCUUCCAAACGGUCUGCAAGGCUGCCACAGGCUUCACCGAGGAGGCCCUGCAGAAUCAACACAAAACGCUCAGCGACCACAUCAUCUCCCACAAAAAGCCCUACUACGACGUCACGUCAAAGAUGGAGGCGGACGUCUGGUUCGAGGCGUGUCAGGUCUGGGAAUGUCGCGCAGCGGAUCUCUCGAUUUCGCCUGUACAUACAGCGGGCAUGGGCGAAGCCGCCUCGGACAAGGGCAUCGGCCUUCGGUUUCCGCGUUUCUUGCGCGUGCGGGACGACAAGAACCCCGAGCAAGCGACGACUUCUACGCAGAUCAUCGACAUGUACCUGAACCAGUUCCGUCAAAACAAGACAGGAAAUGCCAAGCCAAAACCUGAACGUGUGGAAGACGAAGAGGAGAGCGACGAGGAAAUGGAGAAAAAAGAGGAAGAUGAGGAAUCGUGA